AUGAUUUACGGUUUGCCAGUUGCAGGUGGUGGAGAGAAAAAUGGGAAAGAGGGAAUUGUAGUAGGGAUAUUGGUUGGGAGUACUGAGGGAAAGUUUGGCAGCGGAGGCAGUGUAACCUUAGGGAUAGUUGGGAAUGACGUAGUAGGGAAAUUGGGAAGUGGAGGCAGCUGUGUCUGUGUGGAGCCACCGCCGGUGGGCAUAGGUAGAGAUGGUAGGUUUUUUGGUAUGUUUGGCAAUGUGGGUUGUGGGAAUGUUGGCAGGGGAGGGAAAGGUGGUAGUGUUGAAGCAGGUUUAGGCAAAGACGGUGCAGUCGUCGUCUGGAGAAGAUUGCGAGCCGCUACGGAGAUAUGGAUGCUUGAAGAAAACAGGACAAUGAACAAGACAGCAGAUAAGAAGCAGUGA